AUGGAGCAAUUACCGAGUCCAGGAGGAAUGUUUCCACUGAAUUCGUUAAAACUGAGUUCAAGCACAACAAAAGAUGGUGCGCUGAGACAGAGUGUAGUUGGUAGCUGCCCAGUAAAACUAUUGUUGCUGGCAUUGAGCGCGACCAGGCUCUUCAUCACUUCCCAUGUUGUGGAUGGAAACCUUCCUGUAAACAAGUUGCUUGAGAUGUUCACUACCUGCAGAGGCCGUGCAGGGGUUAAAGAUGGCAGCUCGCUCAGUGCUCCUGUCAGGCGGUUGAAACUGACAUCAAGGACAAGGAUGCUGCUGGAUGACACCAAUUCUAGCGGCAAGCCACCGGACAGUGAGUUGCACGACAGGUUGAUGCGCAACAAGCCGGUGAGAUUUCCAAUGAACUGUGAGAUGGACCCCUCGAGGCCUCGAGAGGCCAACAAAACAUCACUGACCGUCCUGUUGGGGCUGCAGGUGAUCCCUUCCCAAGUGCAGAAGUCCGUAUCGUUCCGCCAUGACGCCCCGAGGCCGCCGUCCUGCGAGAACCCAGCAAGGAGCUGGAGGAGGGAGCUCUUCUCCUGCUCCGUGCAGGAGCUGGUCGGAGGGGCCAAGGAUAUCAGCAGCACGAGAGCCAAUCCUAGAAAAGGCAAGGGAAAUCUGCUGCUGUUUGGGCAAUGGUGUGACCGCAUGGCUUUCUGA